ACAGGUCACCUUAUGCUUUGUCAUCUAAAAACGCAUACCUGAUGGCUUUAUGAAGGUGAUACGUUAAUAUUAGGUAUACAGAAAGCGAUUGCUAAGUCCGUGACUUAUGUAAAUCACGAUGUACGCAUUCAUGCAAUAAAGGAUGACACGAAUUUCGGUUUCGAAUCUGUUUUUUGGAUGCGUAGUAGUUUCGUUUAGGUUUGACAUGCGAUCGCGCGUCGACAUCGGACCCUAUGGCACACUCGUCAUAGCACUCGUGCCUUAUGUGCCACCGAAGCCCCGAAGUGGUCUGGCAUAUACCUUCACAUAUAUGCAAUGGCAAGCCCUUCCGUGUGUUCCAAAGACAAUGCCUACGCCUAGCCACAGCAGCUCCCUCAUACAGACUCCGCAAGCCAAGAGGCCGUGGACGCAAAUGCAGGCCGCCAGCACACCCCGAACAGCCACCUUGACUGCAGGUGUCACCCUAGUCGCCAAGGAAACAUUUGAGGAAAAGCGACAGGCAAUGUGAGGAGCCACUUCUCCAUGUAAACGAUACUCUUUCUCUCGGAUGACUCCUACGCCUCGCCACGCCAGCACACUUGUGCACAAAGAUGCCGCGGAGGCACGUGCAGGUCAGAGGCAAGAAGCAGUGACACUGGUGUCGACAUUCACACCUCGAACAGCCACCUUGACUGCGGGUGUGUCAGUAGAUUCCUGUUGUACAUAUGCUCAUAAUAAACUUCAGUAAACUUGAA